AGUCCUCGCGCUGGGGGCGGGGCUUCCAACCGGCGAACUUAAAUAGCAUAACUGGCCGUUAGUGAGUCUCACUCAGCCGGCGGCAGCGGACUUGACAACACAACCUAUUCCAGCUUCUGUAUCCGUUAAGGAAACCCCACCAGCUCUUAAGUAAAAAUGUGUGAGGAGGAAAUUGCCGCACUUGUCGUUGACAAUGGCUCUGGUAUGUGCAAAGCCGGCUUUGCUGGAGAUGAUGCUCCCCGUGCAGUCUUCCCUUCCAUCGUUGGUCGCCCAAGACAUCAGGGUGUCAUGGUUGGUAUGGGUCAGAAGGACAGUUACGUAGGUGAUGAGGCCCAGAGCAAGAGAGGUAUCCUGACCCUGAAGUACCCCAUUGAACACGGCAUUGUCACCAACUGGGAUGACAUGGAGAAGAUCUGGCAUCACACCUUCUACAAUGAGCUGCGUGUUGCCCCAGAGGAGCACCCAGUCUUGCUCACAGAAGCCCCCCUGAACCCCAAAGCAAACAGAGAAAAGAUGACCCAGAUUAUGUUUGAGACCUUCAACACCCCAGCCAUGUACGUUGCCAUCCAGGCUGUGCUGUCCCUGUAUGCCUCUGGUCGUACCACUGGUAUCGUGAUGGACUCUGGUGAUGGUGUUACCCACACAGUGCCCAUCUAUGAAGGCUAUGCCCUGCCUCACGCCAUCCUGCGUCUGGACUUGGCUGGCCGUGACCUGACAGACUACCUCAUGAAGAUCUUGACUGAGAGAGGCUACAGCUUCACCACCACAGCUGAAAGAGAAAUUGUGCGUGACAUCAAGGAGAAACUCUGCUAUGUAGCUUUGGACUUCGAGCAAGAGAUGGCAACCGCUGCCUCAUCCUCAUCCCUGGAAAAGAGCUAUGAAUUGCCUGACGGUCAAGUCAUCACCAUUGGAAACGAGAGGUUCAGGUGUCCAGAGGCCCUCUUCCAGCCAUCCUUCUUGGGUAUGGAAUCCUGCGGUAUCCAUGAAACCACCUUCAACUCCAUCAUGAAGUGCGAUGUAGAUAUCCGUAAGGACCUGUAUGCCAACACUGUCCUGUCUGGAGGUACCACCAUGUACCCUGGCAUUGCUGACAGAAUGCAGAAGGAAAUCACUGCCCUUGCUCCUAGCACAAUGAAAAUUAAGAUCAUUGCACCACCUGAGCGUAAAUACUCUGUCUGGAUUGGUGGCUCCAUCUUGGCUUCCCUCUCCACCUUCCAACAGAUGUGGAUCAGCAAGCAGGAAUACGAUGAGUCCGGCCCAUCCAUCGUUCACCGUAAAUGCUUCUAAAUGGACUGCUAGCAGAUGCCUUGCAUUUGCUGCAUGAGUUCUUCAAGUAUUAAUUUGCCUCGGCAAAUGUGUACACCUCAUGCUAGCCUCGUGAAACUGGAAUAGAGCCAACUUCCAAACGAACUUGCCCUCGGAAUGUGAGACAUUCUUAAGUCACGACCUUGUUGGGAUUUUUUUUUUUUCAUUUUUUGUAUUGCAAGACUUGGACCUGUCUCUUGAAAAACCCAUUCCCGUGGUGUCAGUGCUAGCAUCCAUACCCUGUACACAUCUCCGAUACCGAACCUGGUUGGCAUUCAGUCUGGGUGUCCAUUUAAGCUAAGGCUUGCGUAGAAAAGAAGCAUUUCCGUGAAAGGCUGCCGAUCUGCGUCAGUAUUGUUCAUGACACUUCUCUCCCUUUGGGCCUUCCUAGGGGAGAAGUCGAGCUUGGAGAUGUGUACAGGGUAUCUUGAGGUUUUAGGCUUCCAGGUAUCCAAUUUUCUUAGCGCUUAAUAUUCCAGAAUUUCACUUCUGAGGCUGGUAGGAGUUCAUGAAGGAAUUUUCACUUCAUCUUGCCACACUUUUUCUAGUAUGGUCAGGAAUUAAAAAACCAUGGCCUCCAGGCCUUAGAACCAGGUUUUCUUUUCUUAGCCCAAGUUUCUAUUCCAGCAUUGAACAUGGGUCUGAAGAAUUUACACCUGUAAAUUUAUUCAUCCAAGUUAAUUUAUGUAAAUUUUUUUUGUAUGUUGCCUUAAUGUUCACAUGACAGUAGAAAACCAAAAUUUGUAAGUCAUCCUGAAGUUGAAAAUUGUAACUCCCAGAAACACUUCAUUGUGUAAGAAAUAAAGCGCUGCAGUAAAGAGAA